UUUUCCUGUAUUUCAAGUCAAGGGGUAAUUAUCAGACUACGUCCAUUCAAACAUGUUUUGCCCCUGAAACAACAAAGUCAAUCCUCAUGACUUUGACUAGAAGAACAACACAAUCUUGAUAAGUAUAAAAAUAUGUAUAUAUAACCCUAGCUAUCAAGAGUUACCACUUUAUAGAUAUCAUUAAGGAGAAAAAAGAAACACAAGAAAAUCAACUAGAAUUUAUGAUGGAAGUGGAAAAAAUAAGCAUCAGCAGCAGCAUAGUCACAAAUAAUUACUGUAAUAAGGGUAUUGAUGAUGACGACGACGAUGACGACGAUGAUGUUGUACUUCCAGGUUUUCGAUUUCAUCCAACUGAUGAAGAGCUUGUAGGGUUUUAUCUACGCAGGAAAGUUGAGAAAAAACCCAUAGGCUUAGAUAUUAUCAAGCAGAUUGAUAUCUACAAAUAUGACCCUUGGGAUCUGCCUAAGGGUAGUAACAAUAAUGGAGACAAGGAAUGGUACUUCUAUUGCAAAAGAGGCAGAAAAUACAAGAACAGUAUAAGACCUAAUAGAGUGACUGCUGGUUCUGGAUUUUGGAAGGCUACUGGUAUUGAUAAACCUAUUUACAGCUCUAAUGAUGGCAAAUGCAUUGGGCUCAAGAAAUCAUUGGUGUAUUACAAAGGCACUGCUGGAAAAGGCACAAAAACUGACUGGCAAAUGCAUGAAUUUCGUCUUCCUUCACAAAAUGAUGCUCAUACAUCCACCAAACACCUUCAUGCUGAUACCAUCCCUCAAGAAGCUGAAACAUGGACUCUUUGUCGUAUCUUGAAACGAAAUGCUUCAUAUAGGAAACCAAUACAAGAUUGGAAAGAAGUAGCCAGAAGACAGCAAAAUGACCCAGUGGUGAAUAUGGAUGCUUUAAGCUCCAAAAUAUGCAGCAAUAACAAUAAGGAUUCUCCUUCAAAUAAUAAUUCCCAGAUUUACAUCAGUUUUAGCACUACUCCUGUUGUUAAGCAACAACCGUUGAUCGAUUAUGGUUAUAUAAAACCAAAUAACCAGGAGUUUGUAGGGCAACAAAGUAAUGAAAGUGCUCUAUCUACUGCUGCUGCAUCGUCGAAUUCAACUAGUCCUGUGGACUUCAAUGAGUGGUUAGAGCAUGGCAAUUGGAAUGAACUUACAUCUAUUAUCGAGCUAAACUGCGAUCCAUUGUUUUAGUUUUGUACCAUAUGUGGGUAUAAGUGGGCAUUGUAAUGUAUCAUAUACGAGUUUUGGUGGAUUUAACUUGUAUACACCAACCGUUGUAUGUAGAAGGUUAUUUGCUUCAUUUUUUGGGUUACUAGUAUUCACACUUGUAUAGGAGGUUAGCGUUGAACGUCUGGAACAGUGUCAAGGGAUAGGCUUGUUUCUGUCUCAGUACUCUCGACUAAAACCUGAAUUACUUGUAAAGACCGGAAAAUCGUUUCUUAUGUUGCAAGUA